UGAAAAGUGAAUUGAAAUGCUGUACAUUUUUCUGCUUCUGCUGCUUGGUGUUGUCAGUGAUGAGUGGAAUGUGAAAUAUCCUCCUCCAAUCUGUGCUGCGAGGGGAUCCAAUGUCACUAUUGACUGUAGAUUUACAUAUCCACAUGGACAUAAUGUACAGCGAGUGCUAUGGUGUUCAAUGAGAUCAAACCAUGGCAUGUUUCAGGAUAAGCCAUAUGUUUAUGAUAGUGAAGCCAACAGUAAUCAAAACAAUUUUCAACACAUUGGAGACAAAACCUCAAAUUGUUCUCUUUUGAUCAGUAAUAUUAAUCAAACACAUUCUGGGGAGUAUAAAUUCAGAUUUAUAACCGAUGACACAAAAGGACGUUGGACAGGUGAUCCUGGAGUGAAAGUUUCAGUACACGAUUUAAGGGUGUCCAUGAGCAGAUCAAGCGAAAAUGGAAGCACAAUAGUUGGUGACUCUUUGAAUCUGACAUGCACACUCGACUGUCCUGGUGAUUUAACUGAGGUUCAGUGGUUUAAGAAUGGUGAUCCGAUUCAACAGUCAGAGCCCGUCCUCACUUUCAGAAGAGUAACUGCUAAAGACUCUGGGAAUUACUCUUGUUCUUUGAGAAACUUUAAAACAACUGUAUCUGAAGAAUUUACAGUUUACAUUGAAGAUGUCGCCGGGUCCUCAAUAGUUCUGAUUGUUGUAGUGUCUUUAGUCUCACUUGUUUUCAUCAUUGCAGCUGUGAUACUUAUAAGAAGCUGUCAGGAGAGUUUUAUAACACUGGCCGACACAAACCUACCGGAAGCUGAUGAUGUAUGGCAGGAAGAUGAAGUAGAAUAUUCAUCUGUCAUCAUUAAACCCAGUGAACUGCUUCCAGUAUAUACAAACACAGAGCAGGAGAAUGAUUCAACCAUCUACAGUGCAGUGAGGAACGGUUAA